AUGAUACAGCCACAAAAGGAGCACGUCGGCCUUGACCUGAGGGACAACGAGACGCCGGACUGGGGAGAAAACGGAACUUACGCUACUCACCUGUUCACCGAUAAAUUCCUUUCUCUCAUUGAGAAUCACGACAAAUCUAAGCCAUUUUUCGGCUAUUUCAGCCAUAUAGCUCCGCACGUCGGAGGAUAUGGAGAUCCUUUUCAAGCGCCUCGAAAGAACGUGAGAAAGUUUUCUUACAUUGGCCACAAGGACAGGACUAACUACGCAGGCAUGGUAGACGCGUUAGACGAGUCGGUGGGGGCCGUGGUGGAUGCUCUUAACAGGACCGGCAUGCUGAACGACACCAUCAUCGUGUUCAGCUCGGACAACGGCGCAUCUCUCCAGGGUGCAGAUUUCAGCGGCGGCAGCAGCUGGCCGUUCCGUGGGUACAAAGCCACCCUCUGGGAAGGCGGGUUGCGGGCUCCGGGAUUUGUCUGGAGCACGCGGCUCAAGAAGCGGCGUCGGCUGUCGCGCCAGUUGAUGCACAUCGUCGACUGGCUGCCCACUCUCUACUCAGCUGCCGGUGGAAACGUGGAACACCUAGGUCCUACGGAUGGCUUCGACAUGUGGCAUGCGCUAUCAGAAGGCACCGAAUGGCCACGGCUGGAGAUACUUCACAACGUGGAUCCGGCGAGUAGAGCCAUGGCGCUGAGAGUGGGCCGCUACAAGAUCUUGGUUCAGGCACCGAAAAACGACAGCAGAUUGAAGAACAACCGCCACCCGGUCAAAGGCAUGGAUCAUCCACUGGACGACUUGACGCGGUUGCGCGCAGCUUCAAGGACGGCUACGGUGUUCAAGUCACUGUACGGUAGCCUCCGCUUCGAGACUGACAAGAAGUGGACGCAGGAGGCGACGGUGAAGUGCGCGUCUGGAGCCAGCAUCAAACCGCCGAAGAAGGGUCCCUACUUGUUCGACAUUGAGCGAGACCCCUGCGAGACACGGAACCUGGCCGCUUCGCACAAAACAGUGUUGCGCACUCUCUACAAGAAGCUCAACUCCUACAUGUCGCAAAUGGUGGCCCCACGGAAACAACCGGAGGACCCACGCUCUUAUCCGGAGAACUUCGGCGGCGUCUGGUCACCCUGGCUCGAUUAGAAACUCAGCGAGCGAGGCACGUGAAGACGUGACAGUCUAACACAUAAAACUCUGCCUGUCAAGAAAGAAGCGUGCGAGAACUUAAACACGUGAGGCGCAGGCCUAACUUCUAGAACUUCACUUGGCCUCCGCACGAGAAAUGUACGCGUGCGACAGGGCCUCAAGCGAUGGCGUAGGCCAUGAUCGCGUGCGUAUUUCUUUCAUGUUCUUGCUUCUUCACUCUACUUAGAUCUCCUAGUACGGUGAAAUGCUCAAAACGCCAUCCUAGGCUGGAAGCACAGGAUGGAGCUCCUGUAAGAAUCAAAGGAAUAUUAAAAUGACAAUUCCAGCCA